GAGGUGAGAAGGCAGAAUUUGUUUCUGCGGGAGCUUUUCCUCUCGAAGGUUAAUCGAGUGAAAGUAUUGGCACAGGGAGGAGCCUUGAAAAUUUCGCAAAUGCUAUCGGGUGAUUGCAGAAUGGUUGUGAUUAUCUAUCUAGAAUAGAAUGUUAAAUCAGUGUAAAUGUACUAUUUUAAUGUGAUGGAUACACAGUACCAACUUGUUUCCGUCUAACUUGGUAACAAGGAUAAAAAUAACCUCAUAUUUUCGAAAAAAUCUAGUUUCCAUAAGAAAAAAUCACAUUUAAGAUUUGCAACUUGUGGUUUAAGAGUUUGUUAGAGAAUAGUGAUUAUGAACGCAACUUGAAUUGACAGCCCGUAUUAUUAAUUACAUAGAAAAAAAAAUCGUUAGUAUCGCUAUAAAAAUAGACUGUUUACAAUGCGAUUAAACAUAAAAUCAAUUCAACACCAAAGGUAAACAGAAUUCUGUUUCAAAUGUUUACUUUCAAGUGAAUUUGUAGAACUUGAAUUAGCCUAACUGAAUUAAAAAGCUAAAGGAUGUCAAGCAACGGGAGCACGCCAAUCAACAGCCCGCGAAGGAUAUUUGGCAAAACUGCUACGCUGGAUAAAAAUGCAAUGCUCGAAUACGAGAUGAAUAAGAAUUUAGAUAGUAAAUUUCGCGAAAAGGCUGAGAAGGAACUGGGUGAAAUUGGCGGUGAGAUGACGUACACUAAAAUAAGGCUCUUACGUCAGCAGUUGAAUAUCUAUGCCGAACAUCAUCAGCGUGGUCUGAGCGGGCGAAGAGAUGACUCGUUUCUGUUGCGAUUUCUGCGCGCGAAAAAAUUCGACGUGGAUAAGGCGUUCAAGAUGAUACAAAAAUAUUACAAAAUGAAAGACGAAUAUCCUGAAAUUUUCAAAGUGUCGCCUCCUUCGGAGAUGAAGUUUAUGCUUGAAAUGCAGAUACAAUGUAUGCUUCCGAAAAAGGAUGACAACGGGCGGCAGAUUUAUUUAUUUAGAGUUGAAAAAUGUGAUCCAUACAAAAUUCCAGUAGACUACGUUUUCCGUAGUAACGUGCUAGCUCUAGAGGAUGCUAUUCGCAACCCAGAAACUCAGAUCGGAGGUCUGGUGGUUGUGCUUGACAUGUCUGGAUUGGGAUUUGCACAUGCUAGGUAUUUAUCACCACAUUUAGCAAAAAAGACAGUAGAAGUAGUUCAGGAAGCAUUUCCGAUGCGAUUCAAAGCGUUCCACGUACUCCACGAACCAUUUUACUUCGAUGCUAUUUUGGCAGUGUUAAAACCAUUCCUGAAGGAUAAAAUUCGAAGGAGAAUACAUCUUCAUGGUCACAGUUUACCAUCGCUACACAAGUACAUUUCUAAGGACGUGCUUCCGGUAGAGUACGGUGGAACACAACCGUCGUUCGACAAUACAGAAUGGCGGACUGCCAUUUUGGAAAACGAGCAAUACUUCAUCGAUCUGGAGUCGUACAACCACAGUGCUGACAGUUGCUAUCAGGACGAUCAGGAUAAUGCGGAUGCCGACAGUAUCGACAGUUUGCAGUUUGGUGACACGGAGACGGAGGACAGUGAGUUCGACGAAGACGAUAGACGAGUGUUAAGCCCGAAGCGAACACCACGGUCACUCGUGAAUAUUGAAGAGAUAUUUCGUAAGAAUGGACUCAAUGGGAUAGAAGUUGAAAUGAAUGGUACCGAGCAGAUUAAUGAGUGCAGCCCCAAACAAGAUGAGCAAAAUGCUGAAUAAAUUGAGUGGAUGGAAAGUAUUAUAAUUUUUUUACUUUUAAUUUUUCAAUGACACAAAUAUCAAGUUUUUUAUUUAGUUUUUAUUUUUUAUUAAGAAACUGUUGUUCUGUUCUCCUGUAUAUUAAGUGAUAUUAAAGAUUUUUUUGUUAAUUUGAUAGUUUUCUAUUCCUUUUAUAUUUUUGGUAAAAAUAUCUGAAGUUAUUCUGAAGCGCUGGCUGUGGUGAACUCGUCUCAUGAGUUGUAAGCGGAAAUCUGCUCUAGAUAAUUUGAGGGCAAACAUGAUUCAGAAGUAGGAAAGUCUGAUAUGUUUUGUUUUCCGAUAAUGUCAGAUGCUUACUUCAUUAUGAACAUUAUGGCAUCUAAUAACAAUUUAUCGAGUCGAUUUUGAACAAGAAAAACACUAUUAAACAACUAAAUCAAAUUGUUUGAAAGUCCGACCUGUUAAUAUAAGAAACUGUACAAUUAGUGUACACGAAAUGGAGUAUAAUGUCCAUUAUCUAAAAGUUUUUAAAUAACUAGAACUGAUAAAAAUCAAAAUUCAAUGAUUUAUUAAUUUUAGUUGGUAAAACCGCCAUAACUAUGUUCAGUUUUUGCAAAGACUUAGCGGAAACAUAUAUUGGAGAAGCCAAAUGAAUGAAAAACUGAAAGAAAAGAUGAUUUAUUGGAUAGAUACGGCUCAGAGAUAGGACUCGAACCUGCGUCCUUAUGCGUUCCGUGCAUACGCGCUACCAUUUCGCCACUCUGAAUUUUGUUAUAGUCACUCUGAAACGCCAGUCAGACAUGGUAGAACUUACAUCGAACAUGGCCGUCACCCGACCGAUACCUUACAUUCAAACAUCUUUUCUGUCCAUCAAACACUAGUCUUCUCGCUUUAAACAUAUUUUUUCGCUCAAGCAUUGACUAUGAGAGUGUAUUUAUAAUCGCUUGUCACCUUCUUUAAUGGUACCAGUCGCUGGCUGGACAUCGUCAGUGACAUACCCCUAUGAAGGUUGUACUGAUUGUCUGCCCUCUGACGUGAAGCAGCCAUAACUAAGUUGAGUUUUUGCAAUGACUGAGCGAAAACAUAUAUUGGAGGAGCCAAAUGAAUGAAAAACUAACAGAAAAGAAGAUUUAUUGGGAAAAGAUACGCUCAGAGACAGAACUCGAACCUGCGUUCUUAUGCAUUCCGUGCAUACGUGCCGCCAUUUUGCCAAUCUGAAUUUAGUUAUGGCGGCUUUACGUCAAACCAACUAAAAUUAAUAAAUCGUUAAAAACAAUUGCGGUUUGAUUGUCCGUAACAAUCUGCUUCUGGUAGGAAAGGGCAGACAAUCAAUACAACCUUCAUAGAGGUCUGUCACUGACGAUGUACAGCCAGCGACUGGUACCAUUAAAGAAGGUGACAAGCGAUUAUAAAUACAUUCUCCUACUCAAUGCUUGAGCGAAAAAAUAUGUACAAAGCAAGAAGACUAGUGUUUGAUGGACGGCCAGGAUGUAGACUAUGUUCGAUGUACGUUCUACCAUGUCUGACUGGCGUUUUAGAGUGUCUAUAACAAGAUUCAGAGUGGCGAAAUGGUAGCGCGUAUGCACGGAAUGCAUAAGAACGCAGGUUCGAGCCCUGUCUCUGAGCGUAUCUUUUUCCAAUAAAUCAUCCUUUCUGUUAGUUUUUCGUUCAUUUGGCUUCUCCAAUAUGUUUCCGCUCAGUCAUUGCAAAAAAAACUCAAAAUUAAAUAUUUUUUUCAGAUAUUUCGUUCAAAGCUAUUGCAUCGAUGACUUGAUAUAAUUUUUCGAUAAAGUAAUUCCGCUUUCUGGCCCGGCUUUAUGCAUCGACGAGUGCAAAACAUACUAUAUGUAACACAUCAUUCAAGAACUCGUGUGUGUAACUAAGCAAAAAACCAUUUUUACCAAAAAAUUUAUCAAUCAAUGUUUCACGACAGUACAAUCAUUCCAAUCUUUUGCUAAUUUCUUGAUGCGGUGCUUGUAGAAGGAUUUGUAUUUUGCCUUAGAAUAGGCUUCAUUUUCGGUAAUUGCUUCUUCAUUUUUUGAAAUCAGAAAUUCGAAGUGUAAAUCGAUCAAUUUAACCACCGUUGCCAUCGACUUGUGAAUCGUUGAAUUGUCUUGGUGAAACCGUGGUUUUUAUUAGACAUAUGAGGUUGUUUUUCCUUGUUUUUGGCAUCUAACAACGCUAUGUAAUAUUCUCUAUUGUUUAUUUUACCUUUCUCAAGAUAGUAGCAGAAGAUAACAACAUCAUGUAUCCAAAAAUACUGAAGCCAUAACCUCCCCGCUGGCUGCAGUCUGGCAUUCAGAUGAUGAUCGUUUUGAUAACAGAGUGAAAUGAUAGAUAAAUGUUUCAUCCAUUGUCACAUAUCGAUGCAGAAUAUAUGAUUUAGUACUUUUCAACAUGGCCAAACACUGCGUUGAAUCAUCAAUACGUUGUUGUUUAUGGUUGACUGUGAGUAAACGAGGCAUCUACUUUUAAAAGAGGUUCGUCAUGGUCAAGUGUUCAUUCAUGAUUCUAAACACACUAGCACUGCCGGACGUCGCUAUCUCUCGGAAUUCCAAUUUACGAUUAGAUAUAAUCAAUUUGUGGACUUUAUUCAAGUUUUCUGGCGUUAAUACCUCAAUACCAGGCUUUUUGCGAUGAAGCAGUGUCCGGUUAACACUUUUGAACUCAUUGUUGAACUUAUACAGCUUUUUUUCAUCAAGAAGCAAUGAUAAAUUAACACACGAAACUGUUCUGAAAAUGACACUCAAAUAGUCAGCCAGUUUUUUUUCUGACUUAUUGAAAUGUCAUUAAAUUUCACAAAUAGUCUUUUGAAAGUUGGUACUUCAAAAACUUUUUUUGAAUUUCAAUAACAUAGCGCCAUCUGUGUGCGGGAAUCUUCGAAGGACCAUUACGAAUGUCAGUUUAUGUUUCUCAGUGGAUGCAGAGCAGAUUUUAACGAUGUUCUAGAAACUGGUGAUGUUUUGGUUAACUUCGAAAGAACAUAAUUUGGAAGUAUCGCAAUAAUUAUCAGCUCACCUUUUAUUAUGAACUAAUAAUACCAUAAAAAUGAUGUUUUAUUCACAAGUUUGUAUCUCACUGCUUCCAAGAUUGGUCCGAAUCUUUUUUCAAUAGCCCUACUCAGAAGCAUUUAGCAUUUGUUGGCUACCUCGGAUGCAUGCUGUUAGACAAUUCAAAAUAAUCUUUUCGGAAGCGAUUAAUCCAACGUUCAUAAGUGUGCAGUGGUGGAUAAUGUUCCUCGUGAACUUCAAAAGAACGUUUGAGUUUGGUUCAAAUAAUAAAUUUACUUUUUCCAUGUUCUAUGGGAUAUUGGUUUGAGUUAUCUAUAUACAAAAGGCGACUUCAACUAUUUCUAGGUAACAAUUUUUAAAUCGAUUACAAUAUUUAAACGUGGAAGCUGGAAAAAGUUCUUUCCUUAAAAAAAUUCAAUUUAGUAAAUUCAGACAAAAUCAUUUUAGUAAAUUGGAUGGUGAUAUUCAGAUGUGAAAUGUUGAAAUAGUUGUUGGAAUUAAACGUAAAUAUUUUUAGUACAAACAUUGAUUGAUAUAACGCGAAGUAUGUAUGUGAUAAAAAAAAUCCAACACCCAAAUAAAACAUUAGCGUUUAUAUCGAUAAAAUCAUAUGAAAAAUAUCUGCUGUUGCGAUCAAUCAAAAUAUAAGAAUAUUUAUUACUAUAUAAAAAUGACAAAAGUUCAUCGAACGAACGAAUUGAAUAUUCAAAUUCCCAAUGAUAGAAAAUUCCCUAACGGAAGAACUACAAUGACGAACAAGGUUUUUCGCGAAUAGACAACGAGAGAACCGUAUUGUUCUACAAUUCAAACGUUCAAUUAGAUCAUUGCCUAGACCAAUCGCAUGGCUUGCAACAGUUCAGGUUGCGCACUCAGAGUAGCAGAAUUACAUUUAAAACAACAGUUAAGCACUUAAAUAUUUAGAAGAAGAAAAAACUGAGCCCCAAGUAGUUUCAUAUUUUGAUAGUUUUAAUUCAAGAUGCAAAUAAUAAAAAGAGAGAAUCAUAA